UGUCGCUUGCAUUAUCCGUCACUUCCGGUAAGGCAUGAUGGCGUUUUCCUUGACAGGUCCAGCACAUUGAUUUCGACUGAAGAUCAUGGCUCUUCACAGACUGUCUCUCAGGCUUCGGCCAACGGUUGCACAUGUAAGGUCCAUCCAUACCAGCAGAUACGGACGGCAGCAAGAGGCUGCAGCUGUGGAUUCAGAAUCUGAACCCAUAUCAGUCUUCAGAACUCAGGAAAAUGACCCGGCCAGCCAGUCAGAAAAACAAAUUGGACAGUUUUAUACUUUGCCUGCUGAGCACAUCCGCCUUUUGUUUCCUCAUGGCCUCCCCAAACGUUAUCAACAACAGGUGAAAACUUUCAACGAGGCCUGCAUGAUGGUCAGGCAGCCCGCUCUGGAGGCCAUCUCUUACCUAAAGAAAGCAGACUACAGCAAACCUGCUUUAAGAUACUUAUUCUAUGGUGUUAAGGGAAGUGGCAAAACGAUGUCUCUUUGUCACUCGGUCCACUUCUGCUACACACAGGGCUGGGUGGUGCUGCACAUUCCUGACGCCCACCUGUGGGUGAAGAACUGUAAGGAGCUGAUGCCGUCAUCCUAUAAGUCCUCACGCUUUGAUCAGCCGUUGCAGGCGACAUCGUGGUUGCGCAACUUCAAAAUCACCAAUGAACCUUUUCUUUCUAAGAUAAAAAUUAAGCAGCGCUACGUGUGGACAAAGAGGGAAAGCACAGAAGAGGGGCGUCCACUUGGGGAACUUGUGGAUCAAGGCACAUCCCGUGUGAAGAGCAGCAGUGAUGUGGUAGCAGCCGUGAUGAAGGAGCUUAGGCUGCAAAGCGGGCAUCCCGAGAGCAACUUCCGAUUGGCUGUGGCAGUGGAUGGUGUCAAUGCCCUUUGGGGAAAGUCUACUAUUAAGAAGGAGGAUAAGAGCGCUGUGGAUCCAGAAGAACUCACACUGGUCUAUAACCUGAGGAAGUUGUUAAAAAAUGACUGGAUUGGAGGGGCCAUCAUCACCACUCUGUCUCAGACGGGGUCUCUUUACACUCCAAAGUCUGCUUACUUACCUCAGGAGCUCCUGGGAGAGAGGGGGUUUGACAGCAUGGAUCCCUUCAUCCCUCUGUCAGUUCCCAACUACAGCGAGAAGGAGUUUGAGAGUUGUUACCUUUACUAUACAGAGCGUAACUGGCUGCAGCAUCCACAGAGUCGAACAGAGGAAGGGAAGAAAGAGCUCAUCUUCCUGAGCAACAGGAAUCCAACCAUGUUUGACAGACUCUGCGGCUUCUUAUAAAGCCAUGCUUUUCACAGAAGUAAACAUGUAAAUGUCGCUGUAUGGGUAUAAACGCAUAUGCAUUCAGACAUCUAUGUCUUCAUGCAACAUCUAUGUCACUGUGUUUUAUAAAUCAUUACAUUUGUUUAUUAAUAAAAUAUUUAAGGAAAA